UAUCUAUAUCACGCAAUCAUAAUAUUUAUAUGUAUUAGUUGUGACUGUGAAUCUGAAGAUAUCAAGGCAUAAGUAUACCGAAUAUGGAAAACUUUUUGGAGGAAGGAGGAUUGAUGCAUCUUAAAGAAUCUCUGGAGGAAAAUGGAAUAGAUUCAAUUGACCUAAUAACACAACUUGUACAGGAUAAAUCGUUCGAAGAGACAGUGCCUCGAUUGGGAGAUCGAUUGAAGAUAAAAAGGAAACUAUCCCUUUCUCAAAAGACUUGUUAUGAUGAGGUAACAGACCAAAUUUCUACGAAGAAAAUCAUAAUAGACGUUCCGGAUAUCCAUGCAACCCCAUCUGAAGUACAGUCGUUACGCAGUACUUCCUCGAUUGAUUUCGAUUUCACAUCUACACCGAUUGUGUUCAACAUUACACCUACACCUGUGUUGUCCAGUAUUAUAAUUGGAGAUAAUACAUUCCACUUGGAGCAAUUGUUGCAGAAUUCACUCAUGGGUAGGGCUAUUAUCGAACUCUAUAGAACGAACGGACAAUUAUCAACAACUUGUCAAUCUUAUUUGGUGGAGUUAAUCGUUCAACAUUUGAUAAACAUCCAACCUUUCAGGAGACUAACGAAUGAGGACUUUAGAAGACUAUCGAAACAUAUUGUCGAACUAUUUCCUGGUGAAUUACACCAAGUAUAUUUCACCUCUCCAAUAAAAAAAAGAAAUUCCAAAGAUAACAAAAGUGGGGUGGCGAGGGGCAAACUUGUUGACAAAUAUAGGAAUAGGCUGACAUUCCUAAGAAAAUCAGGAAUCAUUUCUGCUAAAUAUACAGAUAAAGAAGAGAUUAAUACACCUGAACCUAAUGAAAGAAAUCUUGAAGAUGAUGACUUCGAAGAAGAUUUGGUUUGGCUGAUACAUAACAGAGGACACAAUUAA